AAAACCCUCAGUUUCUCUCUCUUUCCCUUUUUCACAGCCAUUUAUUAGAUUCCUCUCUCAAUUAGUCUCUUCUCUUUUCUAUUGGAUUGUAUUAGACUGAUAGCUCAAGGAACCGAAAAAAAGAGAAAGAAAGGAUAACAAAAAUAUCUCCUGAAAAAAUUUCUCAGCCUUGGUUUGAUUUUUAAUUUUCAGGAACUGUUUUGGAGUUUUUUCCAGAUUUUUUUUCUGUAUUUCCUCGUAAAAAAAUUUUCUGGGUUUUUUUUUUCUUUCCUGGCUUCAAUUUGUUCAUAUGCAGAAAAUCCUUUUUCUGGGUUUUUACCUUUGCCAGAGAGAAGCCUCUUAAUAGUUAAUAGUCUUGUUUUUGUAUAUUCCAAUUAUAGCUCAAUAUUGAACAUAAUUUAUAAACUUAAAUUUCUUUCCAAAAAGUCUCUUCUUUUGUCAUUAUAAAUUGAAACCUUCCUUUGAAAUUAUAUUUUCAUCUUUGAAAAAGAAAAAAGAGAGAGAGAUUAUGGGGAAGCAAGGGCCUUGCUGUCACUGUGGAGUUACAAGCACACCUCUGUGGCGAAAUGGGCCACCAGAGAAGCCGGUAUUGUGCAAUGCGUGUGGAUCGCGUUGGAGAACAAAGGGAACACUUGUGAACUACACACCGCUUCAUUCUCGUGCUGAUUGUGAUGACCAUGAGGAUCAUCAGAGGUAUCAAAGAAUGAAGAGCAUUUCUAUGAGUAGCAAGAACAAAGAGACGAAGAUGCUCAAGAGGAAAGCAAUUCAAGAAAACAUCUCCAUUAAAAGACCUCUCUUGGAAUUCAACUAUGGUUUGAAGAAGGCUGUGGUAGAGGAGGAUGCUAGUAACAGGUCGAGUUCUGGUUCGGCUAUAUCAAACUCUGAGAGCUGUGCACAGUUUAGUAGUGCAGAUGGGAGCGAGUUAACAGGUCCAUCUCAAUCUAACACAUGGGACACGACUGUUCCUAGCAAGAGGAGGACGUGUGUAGGCCGUCCAAAGUCCUCUUCUGUUGAAAAGCUCAGAAAGGACCUUUACAAUAUUCUACAAGAGCAGCAAUCGUCGUGUCUCUCAGUUUCAUCAGAGGAAGAUCUUCUUUUUGGGAAUGAAAUGUCAAUGGUCUCUGUUGAGAUUGGGCAUGGGAGUGUUCUGAUGAGGAAUCCCCACUCGUUUGCUCGGGAAGAGGAGUCUGAAGCCAGCUCGCUCUCUUCGGUUGAGAACAAGUCAUCCAUCAGUGAGGCAUACUCACAUUCUGUGAAGCGUGCUGAGAUUGGAGGAGAGAGAGGUUCAGACUCUUUUGGACAAGCAAUAAAGCAUGAGCAACUCAGAAGAACCAAGUCUCAAAGUGGAAGAGUGCAUGUCCUGGGGAGCCAUAGUUCACCACUCUGUAGCAUUGAUUUGAAGGAAGUUUUCAACUUUGAUGAGUUCAUAGAGCAAUUCACAGAGGAAGAACAGAAGAAACUGAUGAAAUUACUUCCUCAGAUUGAUUCUAUUAACCUUCCUGAUAGCCUCAGAAUGAUGUUCGAAAGUGCUCAGUUCAAAGAGAACUUCUCUUUGCUUCAGAAACUUAUUGCAGAUGGUGUCUUUGAGAUGCCUUCUUCCUCUGGGGCAAAACUCGAAGACAUAAGGACUUUUAAGAAGCUUGCUUUGUCUGAUUUUAACAAAUCUCGUUUGGUGGAAGGCUAUAACCUGCUGAAGGAACAGGAAAAAGGGUCUGGAGAUUCUGCCACUACAACUUCAAGAAUCUCGAACCCAAAUGUACCUAAAAAUAUUAUAACCAUCAAGAGACGCUGUGAAAAUCAAACUCAAUUAAAGUCAGAGUCAAGAGGGCUUAUGAGGAGCCCCAAAAGUGUAACGAAGAUGAAAACAAGCCAUGAAAGCAAAGUUAUGACAGAGAACAACGUCUCAUGCUUCAGCCCAAAAAGCUUAGUGUUUGCGCAAGAAAGUGGUUCUACAGUGUUUGGCUAUGAAGGUAGUUGCAGUUCCGAUCAAGACCUCCUUCUUCUGGAUUUGCCGUCAAAUGGGUCGUUUCCUCAAGCAGAGCUUCUUCACCAACUCUGAGUAGAAAAAGCUUCAAACUUCAUAGUGCUUCUCAGUGGUAAAGGAAGGAUUUUUAAGCUUGCUCUCUCUCUCUCUCUCUUGCUUGAUUGAGAUUGAUGAGAGAGACUCUUAGGCUUUCUGAGAAAACGACCAAAUGAGGUUUCUGCUUUAGAAAUUGGUAUUUGCAGACAUAAAAGGGACUUUUUUUUUGAGUCUUGGACUUCUCUUUGGUGGUUAGUUAAGUUUAUAAGGUGGGUCUUAUAAUACAUAUCGUAUUAUAAGGUGGGUCUUAUCUAUACAUAAUGGUGGGUCUUAUCUAUAAAUAUAUAUAUACAUAAUGCCUCUUCUCGUUCAAUGAAUUAAUGAAACCUUUUAAAUUGAAAGUUCCAUUU